UCGUCCUUUAUUCACCAACGAAUAACAACGGCUCCAAACACGCCACGUGUAGUAGCCCUUCACCGUCAUCAACCCCGUAACCCUAAAACUCCCCCAAUUUCAUCCUCCACACACCAAACCAAUUUUCCCCAACCAAACCAAUGGCCUCCAAGAUUAUCGCAUCCACCGUCCGCCGAUCACUCUCCCCUAAACUCCUCCCACUCAUCCGCCCCCUCUCCACCGCAGCCGCCGCCGCCGCCCCGGCAGAACCCUACGACACCUCCGCCGGAAUCUCAAUGAAAGGCGUCAAAAUCUCCGGCAGACCCCUCUACCUUGAUAUGCAAGCAACCUCCCCCGUUGACCCCAGAGUCCUCGACGCCAUGCUCCCAUACUUCGUCUCCCAAUACGGAAACCCUCACUCCCGCACUCACCUUUACGGCUGGGAAUCCGACGAAGCGGUGGAAGCCGCACGCGCGCAGGUCGCGAGUCUCAUCAACGCUUCACCGAAAGAAAUCGUCUUCACUUCCGGUGCCACUGAAUGUAACAAUAUUUCCGUUAAAGGUGUUAUGCAUUUUUAUAAGGAGAAGAAGAAACAUGUGAUUACAACUCAGACGGAACAUAAAUGUGUUUUGGAUUCGUGUCGUCAUUUGCAGCAGGAAGGGUUUGAUGUUACUUAUCUCCCGGUGAAAUCCGACGGUUUGAUUGAUUUAAAUGACCUUAGGAAUUCGAUUCGGAGCGAUACGGGUUUGGUUUCGGUUAUGGCGGUUAAUAAUGAGAUUGGGGUGAUUCAACCUAUGGAGGAGAUUGGGGAAAUAUGUAAGGAGUUUGGUGUUCCGUUUCACACGGAUGCUGCACAGGCGUUGGGGAAGAUACCGGUUGAUGUGAAUAAGUGGAAUGUGAGUUUGAUGUCGUUGAGCGGGCAUAAGGUGUACGGGCCGAAGGGAGUUGGGGCGUUGUAUAUGAGGCGUAGACCGAGAAUAAGGGUUGAGCCGCAGAUGAACGGUGGUGGGCAGGAACGAGGGAUUAGAAGCGGGACGGUGCCGACACCGUUGGUGGUGGGAAUGGGGGCUGCGUGCGAGAUUGCGAUGAAGGAGAUGGAAUAUGAUGGAAAACGGGCCGUGAAGUUGAAGGAUAGGCUGUUGAAUGGGAUCAGGGAUAGGUUAGAUGGUGUGGUGGUGAAUGGGAGUACCGAGAGGCGGUAUGCGGGGAAUUUGAACUUGUCGUUUGCGUAUGUUGAAGGGGAGAGUUUGUUGAUGGGGUUGAAAGAGGUGGCGGUUUCGAGUGGGAGUGCGUGUACUAGUGCUAGUUUGGAGCCGUCGUAUGUGUUGAGAGCGUUGGGUGUGGAUGAAGAUAUGGCGCAUACUUCGAUUAGGUUUGGGAUUGGGCGGUUUACCACUGAAGAAGAGAUAGAUAAAGCGAUUGAACUUACGGUUAAUCAAGUUGAAAAGUUGCGUGAAAUGAGCCCGCUUUAUGAAAUGGUGAAGGAAGGAAUUGACAUCAAGAGUAUACAAUGGUCUCAACAUUGAUUUCGUUGGAGGCUUUAUACUAACAAACAGGUUGGCAUUUUGAAGGAGUGGUGAUCGAACGGAUAAACAAACUUGUUGAACCUGGAACAAACAACACAAACAUGUCUGGAUUUCUGGUAAGGAUCUGUGAAGGCAUACUUUUGAUUUAUAAAAACCAUGUUGAGAAAGAGAUGUAUUUGUGAGAAAUAACUACAGCAGUCUGUCGAUCUAGACGUUAUUAUUUUGUGUGUUACUCUGCGUUUACUGUUUUUGAUUUAUGUAGUUGUAUAAGAUAUCCUAAAUAAAACAUUUACUUUAGUGAUAACGUGUUUAA